CAAUUGUACUGCCUCCUUUUGUGACUCUGGCACUUCGUCCAAGACCUGGUGUAUGGGAAUAUGUCCGUGUCAAUGUUCAUAAACUCAGUGUGGAUCAUUUGAGUGUUGCAGAGUAUCUCAGGUUCAAAGAAGAACUUCUUGAUGGAGAGUGCAACGAUAAUUAUGUGCUUGAACUUGAUUUGGAGCCAUUUAAUGCAGCAUUUCCCCGGCCAACCCGUUCAUCGUCCAUUGGGAAUGGAGUUCAAUUCCUUAAUCGUCACUUAUCUUCAAUUAUGUUCCGUAACAAAGAAAGUUUGGAGCCUCUUCUUGAUUUCCUUCGUACACAUAAACAUGAUGGCCAUGCAAUGAUGCUGAACGAUCGAAUUCAGAGCAUACCCAAGCUUCAGUCUGCUUUAGUCAAGGCAGAGGAAUUAGUUUCUAAAUUCCCACCAUUGGCACCGUACUCCGAGUUUGAGUUUGAGUUACAAGGAAUGGGAUUUGAGCGAGGGUGGGGUGAUACUGCAGGACGUGUGUCAGAGAUGGUGCAUCUUCUCUUGGAAAUUCUUCAGGCUCCAGAUCCUUCUACACUAGAAACAUUUCUUGGCAGGAUUCCGAUGGUGUUCAAUGUUGUCAUUGUGUCUCCACAUGGUUAUUUUGGUCAAGCAAAUGUAUUGGGUCUGCCUGACACUGGCGGGCAGGUUGUUUAUAUACUGGAUCAAGUGCGUGCCCUGGAGAAUGAGAUGCUUCUUAGAAUACAGAAGCAAGGAUUGGAUGUUAUUCCUAAAAUUCUGAUUGUUACUCGAUUGCUACCUGAUGCAAAAGGAACAACAUGCAACCAGAGAUUGGAAAGAGUUAGUGGUACAGAAAACACAUAUAUCUUGCGCGUACCUUUCAGGACUAAGAAUGGAAUUCUGAGGAAAUGGAUUUCAAGGUUUGAUGUCUGGCCUUACUUGGAAACCUUUGCAGAUGAUGCAUCAAAUGAAAUUGCUGCUGAGCUACAAGGUGUUCCAGAUCUGCUCAUUGGAAACUACAGUGAUGGAAAUCUUGUUGCAACUUUGUUAUCUUAUAAACUAGGAAUCACACAGUGCAAUAUUGCUCAUGCAUUAGAGAAGACGAAGUAUCCAGAUUCUGAUAUAUUUUGGAAUAGCUAUGAGGACAAGUACCAUUUCUCAAGUCAAUUCACUGCCGAUCUCAUUGCAAUGAACAAUGCAGAUUUCAUAAUCACCAGUACAUACCAAGAGAUUGCCGGAAGCCAAAACAAUGUUGGACAAUAUGAGAGCCACACUGCUUUCACUCUUCCUGGGCUGUAUCGAGUUGCUCACGGGGUCGAUGUUUUUGAUCCUAAGUUUAAUAUUGUGUCUCCAGGAGCAGAUAUGUGCAUAUAUUUCCCAUAUUCUGACAGGGAAAAGAGACUUACAGCACUGCAUGGCUCAAUUGAAGAACUUAUAUAUGGGGCUGAGCAGAAUGACGAGCAUAUUGGGUUCUUGGCUGAUCGACCAAAGCCUACGAUGUUUUCCAUGGCGAGACUUGAUAGAGUGAAAAAUCUAACUGGACUUGUUGAGUGCUAUGGUAAGAGCACCAAACUAAGAGAAUUGGUAAAUCUUGUUGUAGUUGGUGGUUACAUGGAUGCCAAGAACUCUAGGGAUAGAGAAGAAAUGGAAGAGAUUGAAAAGAUGCAUGACCUCAUUAAGAAGUAUAACUUGAGUGGUCAGUUUCGUUGGAUAGCGGCUCAAAUGAACCGCGCUCGUAAUGGUGAACUGUACCGUUACAUUGCAGACACAAGAGGUGUCUUUGUGCAGCCUGCUUUCUAUGAAGCUUUCGGCCUCACUGUUGUGGAGGCCAUGACUUGUGGCCUUCCUACUUUUGCGACUUGCCAUGGUGGACCUGCUGAGAUCAUUGAGCAUGGUGUCUCAGGGUUCCAUAUUGAUCCCUAUCACCCUGAUGAAUUGGCAGAAACUCUGAUCGACUUCUUUAGUCAGUGCCAAAAGGAUCCUGGCCACUGGGAGAAGAUAUCUACAGCUGGGCUUAAAAGAAUUUAUGAAAGGUACACAUGGAAGAUAUAUUCUGAGAGGCUGCUCACACUAGCUGGGGUUUAUGGCUUCUGGAAGCAUGUGUCGAAGCUUGAGAGGCGAGAGGAAAGGCGAUAUCUGGAGAUGUUUUACAUUCUCAAGUACCGAAGUCUGGGGAAGAACAUUCCGCUGGCUGUCGAUGAGCACCACUGAACUGCCUUAACAUGCCAGAGAAGCUGUCUGCUUGGUACCGCUUAGUAUGCAUCUGU